AUGUCAAGUCGUUGUUUCGUCUGUUUAUUUCUAAUAACAACUCUUGUGUUGGUAUUUUUAUUGGGUAACAGUAUUGUUGUUGAAGGAACAGCAAGUCAAUGUAGAGGCCCAGAUAAUACAGCCAAGAGUUCUGCUAAAAGAGGAGUAACUACACUUUCUGAUGAUUUGGAGGAGGAAGAAUUAUUGGAAGAAACCCUUUCAGAUGCUUUCACUCUCGGUAAAGGAGGUGGCUCUGGAGGCGGAGGUGGAGGUAGAGGUGGAGGCGGUGGAGGAGGUCGUGGAGGUUCCUCUGGUGGUAGAGGUGGAGGUGGUGGUAGAGGUGGAUCAGGAAGAGGAGGUUCUGGAUCUCGUGGUGGAUCUGCUGGAAGAGGAGGUGCUGGUAGAGGAGGUGGAAAAGGUUCUGGAAGAGGAGGAGCUGGUAAGGGUUCUGGAAGAGGAGCUGGUAAGGGAGCUGGUAAAUCUGGUAAAUCAGGUAAAUCAGGAAAGUCAUCUGCUAGUAAAUCCAAAUCUAGUAAGUCAUCAGCAAGUAAAUCAAAGAGCAAGUCUGCUAGUAAGUCAAAGAGCAAGUCCAAGUCAACCAGUAAAUCAAAGAGCAAAUCAAAGAGUAAAUCAAAGAGUAAGUCCAAGAGUAAAUCAAAGGCCAAAUCAAAGACUAAGAGUAAGGUUAAAAGUAAGGUCAAGAAUGUCAAACCAGCUGUCAAACCAAAGGUUGUAGUUAAACCAAAAGUUGUAGUCAAACCAAAGGUCCCAGUUAAGCCAGCAGUUAAAGCAGCACCACCAGCCUCAGGUAGGUCUUCCCUCUCUGAAGGUGCAAGAAGAACAGUUGACUAUAAUCCAUCUCGUUUUAAUAUUACAGGUCCAACUUCAACCUCUCACGCAAAUCGUAACUCAUUCUUUGGAAAGCAACAAUCUGAAUGUGUUGCAUGUAAAUUGGAUUGCAUGCAAUAUUUCCAAAGUUUUGCUGGCUCUGUAUUUUCUAACUGCCCAAAGCAAUAUUACUUUUAUGGAUGUCAGCAAGUAGCACCAUGUUACACUCUCAGAGAAAAUGCUUACAUUACAGAGGUUGGACUUGGAUUGUGUUUGGAAAAGAGUGGAUGUAGUUUCAAAUCUAAUGCUGAUUUAGGAAUUGAUCCAAGAGCUUCAGGCAAUGCAAAAGUCCAAGCAAUUGUUGCAAAGAUUAGAAAUUCUGCUUAA